GCAUGGAGAUAUCUGAACCCUCCCGCAGUGUCACCCUUAACAAUGGAGUAAUUAUGCCCCUUGUGGGUCUAGGAACUUUCCGUCUCCGUGGAUAUCAAAAUCUCUUUCCGGUUGUGGAUGCUGCCCUGGCUUGCGGUUACCGUUCUUUUGACACUGCCACCGUUUAUCGCAAUGAAGCAGAUCUGGGCCGUGCUUUAAAAGAACUUCUUCCCCGUCACAAACUAAGUCGUUCAGACAUCUUCAUUACCAGCAAGUUGGCACCUACUGACUUGGGCAAGGGGGCACGGGAGGCCUGUCUACGGAGUUUAGCAGAAUUAGGUUGUGAAUACCUAGAUCUUUAUUUAAUACAUUGGCCUGGCAAACAGGGAUGCCGUAGCGAAGAUACUCGUAAUGUUCAGGCUAGAGAUGAAAGCUGGAAAGCUAUGGAGGAUCUCUAUCAGGAAGGCUUGAUCAAGGCAUUGGGGGUAUCUAACUACACCGAGACACACUUGACACAAUUGCUGUCAUCAUGCAAAGUCCCUCCAGCUGUGUUACAAGUAGAAUUCCACCCACGGCUGCCGCAAACCUCUCUUGUACACUGGUGUAAGGAACACAAUGUCCAUCUGCAGGCCUACUCUUCUCUAGGCUGUGGGGCUUUGUUGACAAGGGAGGAGGUAAAAAAGGUGGCAAACGCCAUGGGCACACCGUCCCAGGUGUUGCUUAAUUGGGCCCUUGUGCAAGGUGUUGGCGUCAUCCCCAAGACUUCCAGUCCAGAGAGGUUGAAAGAGAACUUCAGAGUGUGGAAUUUCCAGCUGAGUAAGGAAGAGAUACUGGAAUUAAUGAGCGAUGGCAAAGAGGAGAGAUAUUGUUGGGAUCCUACAGGAGAGGCUUAAAGGGGAAGUACAGUCAGAGCAAGCCAUUUUAAACAACUUUAUAAUUUAGUUACUUUAUCCAUUUUCUUUAUUCUUUUGGUAUCAUUUGUUGAACAGAAUACCUAGGUAGGCUCAGGAUCUGUGAUGCACUGCUGGGCACUAGCGGAACACAGUUGAACCAAUUACAAGAGGCUCGUGUGUAGUCUGAGCCUACCUGGGUUUGCUAUUCAACAAUGGAUACCAAAAGAACAAAGCACAUUUGCUAAUAGAAGUAAAAGUUAUUUAAAAGUGCAUGUUCUGCUCUGACGCGUGAAUGUUUAUUUUUUAAUUUACUGCCCCUUUUAAAGGAAAAUUAAAGUCAGGUUUUAUAUUUAAAAAAAAAC